AGUACUAAAAGAAAAAGAAAAGAAGUGUGUGUGUGAGAGAGAGAGAGAGAGAGCAGAAAAAGAGAAAAGCAGGGAGGAAAAGAUGGAGGGCUUGCUGUCUCUAAUACAGCAGCGUCCUAGCAUGUACGUGGCUGUCUGUGCUCUCAUAUUUAGGGUCGUCCACUGGAUCUUGCAGUCCCUGCCUCUGCCAAAGGCUGUGCAGCACGAUGCUUUUCGUGUUUGGAAGUGGAGGAACCUCUCUGUGUCCAUGGUGCACUCCCUGUUAACUGGGACAUGGGCCAUCAGCUGUGCGGUUCUCUCGCCAGAGAUUCUGUACCAGAUCCACUCCUAUUAUACACCUCUAUCCUACCUGCUUGUCUGUGUCUCUACAGGGUACUUUGUACAGGAUGCCUGUGACAUUAUUUUCAGUGGCUAUGCAAGAGGAUCAUGGGAGUUCUUGCUACAUCAUGCUAUGGUCAUCGUGAGCUUCCUGUACGCACUAUUCACGAAGCGCUACGUAUCAGGCGCAGUGUUGGCGCUAUUCGUGGAGGUCAAUAGCGUCUUCCUGCACACGCGACUGCUGCUAAAGCUAGCGGGAGCGCAGUCUUCGCCACUCUACACCGUCAAUAAGAUGAUCAACAUCUUCACCUACGUCACCUUUCGCCUCGGCACCCAGUUCUAUAUCACGUGGUACAUCCUGCAGAACUAUUCCUGGAUGGAACACGGCGGCCACUUCCUGACAGCCUUAAUGCUCAUGAACACCAUGAUGCUCAUCUACUUCUACCGUCUACUACGCGCCGACAUUUUCCCCAAACGCAAGGCUCACCCUGUCCAGAACGGUUCAAGCACGUUUCUACAGGACUAACGAGGAUUGGGGACUAAUGAGGGGGAUCCCCUAACAUACGGUUUCAAACCUCACUUGAUGCAUUUACUUUCACGGAGUUUCCAGACUGCCUUUUGUAACAGUUUUGCUGGCUACAGAGGCUUGACUAACAGACAACCCCUCAGAUGUCCAUGAACAAGGUGCAUAGGUUCAGCACCAAGUGCCCACCAACUGCAACAUAAGCUAUUUUGCUGGCAUCCAGUGGUAGAAAGCUGUAACUACAGGUUAGAGUAUGGACACCGCUGUUAAUGCAACCUGAAAUACUGCUCAUGACGAGAAGCAACCCAAUUGCGAAUC